AUCUUCAGUGUUCACUUCAAUUUGCAUCACUUUUCAUCUUCUCUCCCUCAAAUUCCAAAUCUCACAAACCUUUUUCAUCACAAAAAUGGCUUCGACAACUUUAACAGCCCUUACCCUUCGUUCUCUAUCUUAUCCAACACCCUCCUCUUACCCUACGCACCUCUCCGCCAAACCCUCCCUCCAAUUCCCCAGCUUCUUCCACCGCGCCACCACCACCACGCGCCGGGCACGCGUCGUUGUGUCUGCCGUCGAAGCGCCGGAGAAAAUCACGACUCUCGGCGACGCAAUCGCCGGACUCACCCUGGAGGAGGCGAAGACUCUCGUGGACUUCCUCCAGGACAAGCUCGGGGUCUCCGCAGCGUCCUUCGCUCCCGUGGCUGCCGUCGCGGCUCCCGGAGGCGCCGCUGCGGAUGCGGCGCCGGUGGUGGAAGAGAAGACGGAGUUCGACGUCGUGAUCGAGGAGGUGCCGAGCAAUGCGAGAAUCGCCGUGAUUAAGGCCGUGAGAGCGUUGACGAGCCUGGCGCUGAAGGAGGCGAAGGAGUUGAUCGAAGGAUUGCCGAAGAAGUUCAAGGAAGGGAUUUCAAAGGAAGAAGCGGAAGAUGCGAAGAAGCAACUCGAAGAAGCUGGUGCCAAGAUUGCCAUUGUUUAGGACUUGCUGUUUUUGCUUUGUUGUACUCAGGUGUUUGUCGAAACGGGGUGAACUGGUGCAGGUUUUUUUAUAUCAGUCAAAUAAUGAACUGAAUUAAGAAUUGGUAAUGGCGUCCAAAAAUCAUAAUCCAGAACAUGUGGAUAAAAUUUAUUUGAUAUCUGUUACUAUGAUGUUUAAUUAGUAAUGUAGAAUUCUCAGCAUUCUUCACAUUUUUAGAACAUACUCAA